AGCCGUGGGCUCCAGAGCCAUCGGAUGUUCUGAGGAUGGCUCGGUUCGUGUUGGGCCUCGCCGCGCUCGCGACUUCGUUGGCCGCGGAGCAGGGCUGCACCCCCGAGUUGCUGCGCGCCGACACCGAGGGCAACUACUUCCGGCUCGUGGAGGACGAGAAGAAGACGACCUGUGCGGAGCUCUCGGAUGGGAAGUGUCCUCUAGCAGCGCCGGCGCCUGGCUUCCCUUGCCUGGUGAGCUGCGUCGCCUCGGAAGCAGCCUGCGCGGCUUCGAAUCCCAACACCCCGGGGGUGAACCACUGGGAGGAUCCCCACCUCUGUACAUCGUGCGAGAUCACUGCCUGCAAGUUCUGCACAUUUCCGAAGAAGAAUGGGCCGGCCCAGUGCGACACCUGCUUUGAUGGCUUUGAACUGAUCGAGUAUCCUGACGGCUCCCAGGAGUGCGUGGUGCUGGGCCAAGGGAUCGUGGUGCUGGUGGCAUAUGUCCUCUUUGGUAUCAUUGUCGCAGUGAUCAUGCUGGUGCUGCUGGGCACAUGCUAUGUGGCUAUUUUGGAAAGCAUGGGCAGCAAGAAGCAGAGCGAGAUUCGGCCUUCCAUGACGAUGGGCACCACAGUGUCCAAUAUGACCUCAUUGCUGUCGGGGACCACGGACGAGUUGGACUUGGAGCAAGAGGAGUUCGACCCGCGGAAGGCGAAGACGCACAACCAGAAGGCGAUCUCGCACGGUUUCGUGACCAGCCUUCAGGCAUCCAUCAAGUUCAACUCCCUGCGCAACGCCACAAACAAGGGCCGCGUGGGCAGGAUGAUCCAAGCCACGCUGGACGCACAGCACGAUGACCUGGGCAUUGGCCUGCAGCUGUUCUACAACACCCAGAUCUUUCUGAUUAUGUUCAGCCUGAUGGGCUUGGGCAUAGCCUACCUGUUCCUGCACGUUCUGACUCCAGGGGAAUCGCUGGGGCAGCUCCUGCGGGAGGCAUCCGUGUGCCCUACCUCGGCGGAGAAGAUGAGGGAUCUGGAGAACCGUAUCCUGCAGAGAGAGAUGGAUCGCGCGAAGAUUGGGCAAUUGAUGGGUGUCGUCUUCUGGUUCCUGAGUGUGUUGCUUUCCUGGAGCUUCCACUACUACCAGAAGACCUUCCAAAGGAACUACGACUCCCAGCACCAGACGGCAGACGAUUACACGCUGAUGUUGGAAGGCUUGCCACCGGACGUCACCUCGGAGUUCCAGUUGCACAACCACCUUGAGAAGGAGCUGCAAAUGGAAGGCGCCAUCUACGGGGUCUGCAUCUUGUACGACUUGGUGCACCUCCCCGAAGAGGCCAUGGAGCGGCUCGAGGAGAUGCUGGAGCACAUCAUCGAGUGGGAUGACAUGAAGAACGGCUGGGUGCACUCCGACUUCUCAGUAUCUCUGAAAGACCUGGAGAAAGACAUGGAGAAGGACCGGGAAGAGUUUAAGGAGAUGUUGCAGAAGCACCUCCGGUGUUGCGGGCGCGCCUACGUGGUCUUCCACACGGAGAUCGGCAUGAUCCGAGCGCUCCGCGAGCGGCGGGGCAUCCGGAAGGAGGCUUUGGCGCCAAGGUACAAGGGAGGCCCAGAGGCGGAGAUUCAGAUGGUGGAGGUCUACAACCGGGGUGACCAGCCGGACGGCAUCCGCUACGAGAAGGCAGAGAUGAACCCGGAGGAGGUGAAGAAGACUCUCAUGUCGCUGCCGGCGAGGCAGUUCGUGUACAUCCUCAUCUACGUGGCUGCGGCGCAGCUCUUCUACUACUUCAUGCAGAGGCCUUGGCACGACUGCAACAUGGAAGCCUCCUCCGAGGCGGCUGGGGUGGCGCUGGCCUCCAAAGGCGUGUUGCUGGUGAACUUUGCCAUCCAGACAGCCGUGGCCUUUGACGUGGAAGGCAGCGACUUCAUUCGCAUCGCCAAGGUGGAUCAGGUCACAUUCAUGUGGAACACCGUGCUGAUGGCCAUCACCCUGAUGUACAUCGUGUACCAAGAGUGCGACAAGGCGGGCAUGCGCUCCUUGUUCCGACCCCCAGAGGAGGAGUUCUCUGCGUCCUGGUGGGAGUGGCGCAGGAGCUUGGUGUACUCCGCCAUGGCGGAGGUGAGUGCCUACGAGGCCUUGCUUUCGGUCUUCACGGAGCAGACCAUCAUGC